UACUUCUUGAUAAUUCCAUUUCCAUUUCCAUUUCCAUUUAUGUACCAAAAGAUGGAGAUUCAUUGGAGACCCAAUUUUCCCACUGAAAAAAAAAAAUUAUCUUUAUCAAAUCCAUUCUCAACAACCACUUUCCCCUUUCCACUUUCCAGGAAGAUGAUGAAUCGAAGAAAACGACGAAAGAAAUCCACCUUUCCAGCCACCACCAACGCCAACUAGUGGAGAAAAAAUGAUUUUCUUUGUUGCCCAUCUCAAUUUCAGAGUACCCAGUAAAGAAUUCGAACCGAAAAGGGAGAAUCAUGAAGGUUUUGAUUAGCUUUCUUCUCUUUUUACUCUCUGUUACUUCAGCCGCCACUUCGAUCACCAACUCCACUUGCCCAAUGGACCUCAAUUAUGUGCUCAGAAUCCCAUGGAAUGAGACGGAUUGCAGAAACCCCCUUUUCGAGGCCACUGCCGCAGCCGCCAUGAAUGAUUCCUCUAAAAUCCCUUGCUGUCAAACCCUCUUGUCCCUGUUCGGAAUUGCUCUGGCCCAACACCUGAAAGAAACCUCUCUUUUCAACCUCCCAAACCUAGCAACCUCCAAUUCUUGCCUCCGAGAUUUCCAAUCGAAGCUCUCCUCGUCCUCGCUCUCCCUCCCCGGCGAUCUUGUUUCCAAGUGCUUUGAUCCUUGGCAGUUUGUGAUCUCUCCUGAUGUCUGUGCUGGUAUUCAGACGACUCGAGAUUGGGUUUCGAAGCUUGGCCAGACCUCGCCGCUGGAUUCUGGGUGUCGGUCAGACCUCACCGCUGCAAGUUGUGAUGCGUGUCUCGCGGCUGGUUUCAAAGUUCAAUCUAUCUUGACUGGAAUUGAUGGUAACAAAUCUCAUUCUAGGGAUUGCUUUUACUUUGCUGUUCUUUAUGCUGCUGGAAUUGUGAAUGAGUAUGGCCCUGAGGGCGACAGUGCGUUAGAUUGCAUUUUUAAUCUGCAAUUGAAUACUGAAAAGGAUUCGAAAAGUAAGCAUGCUGCUCUUGUUUAUGGCCUAACUUCUGCUGUUGUUGGAGUUUUGAUCAUUUUUGUUCUGUUGGGAAUGUGCUUUUGGUUUUACAAAUGGAAAAAAUUGACUAGGAAGUCUAGUUUAGAGUUUGAUGCAGAGAUGGAUGAACCAGGGUCUAGGCCACAUGCCAGGCCAAACACUGGAUCAAUUUGGUUCAAGAUUCAGGAGCUAGACAAGGCAACUGAUAAUUUUUCUCCAAAAAACUUCAUUGGGAGAGGUGGGUUUGGCUUAGUUUACAAAGGGACAUUACCUGAUGGAAGUGUGGUGGCAGUAAAGAAAGUAAUUGAAUCAGAUUUUCAAGGCAAUGCAGAGUUUUGCAAUGAGGUUGAAAUAAUCAGUAAUUUGAAGCAUAGAAAUCUUGUUCCACUUAGAGGGUGUUGUGUGAUUGAUGGGGAUGACUGUUAUGACGAGAGAGGAAGUGAGAGAUACCUUGUUUACGAUUACAUGCCGAAUGGAAAUCUUGACGACCAUUUGUUCCAUACACUAUUUGAUCAAGUUGGAACUGUGAAGAAACGAUUGACAUGGCCUCAAAGGAAGAACAUUAUCUUGGAUGUGGCAAAAGGCCUAGCUUAUCUGCACUAUGGGGUGAAACCCGCGAUAUAUCACAGAGAUAUCAAGGCGACGAACAUAUUGCUAGAUGCAGAUAUGAGAGCAAGAGUGGCAGAUUUCGGGCUCGCCAAACAGAGCAGGGAAGGACAGUCUCAUCUAACAACUAGAGUUGCAGGUACUCAUGGGUAUUUAGCCCCUGAAUACGCACUUUACGGACAACUAACUGAGAAGAGCGAUGUUUAUAGUUUCGGGGUCGUUGUUUUGGAGAUAAUGUGUGGGAGAAAAGCUCUUGAUUUCUCUUUGUCGUCAUCCCCUCGUGCGUUCCUGAUCACAGAUUGGGCUUGGUCUUUGGUGAAAGCUGGAAAAAUAGGGGAGACCCUUGAUCCUUCUUUGGUGAAAGAUGGAGGAGACUCAUCUAAUUCAAAUCCUAAAGCAAUCAUGGAAAGAUUUGUUGCAGUAGGAAUUUUAUGUUCUCAUGUGAUGGUGGCUUUACGGCCCACCAUUUUGGACGCUCUGAAAAUGUUGGAAGGUGACAUAGAAGUUCCCCAAAUUUCUGAUCGGCCAGUGCCUUAUGGGCAUCCUUCAGUUUUUGGCGAUGGCAGCAACUUCAGCAUAUCGCCCGCGUUGAGCGGGCCUCAAUUGCAUAGCGGCGACAUGCUCAGGUGACAACAAGACCAAACACCUUCAGUAUCAAACAACAUGAAAGACAUCAAACUCAAUUAGGCGAAAUCGUUCUGACAGUAGAUUAUGUUCCAUGUAGCAACUCAAAAUGAAGGCUGGAAAUUGAGAUAAUCCGAUGUAGUUCGUAAGCGUUUUCCAAGCCAGAAAGAAAUGACAUCUACUGCAAAAUGGGAGUCUAAUUGCAGAAGAGAACCUGAGAAAUUGAAACAGGUGAGGCCAAAAACUUAAGACUACAUACAUUAAGAAAUGGAAUUAUUGAGGAAAAACAGAUGCCUCAGAUUUUGAAUCUCUCUCUUGAGUCUGUAAAUAAUGUAUCAUUAGGCAUACUUUURGUUCUUAAAUGUUAUUGAUUUAUAGAAAGUAUAAAGAUGCACAAUUUUCCUGUC